AUGUCCAGCGAGAUUAAGGAAGAAAAAUCGGUUGGUCAAGUAACUGUUACAAGUGUCCCAAACCCUGAAUUAAAUGGCAGUCACGAAGUCGAUCUUCAAGCUAUUACUUCGAAUCCACUCUCCAUUGGGGAAGUGGCAGCAUCGCUAACCCUUGAUCAGAAAACUUUUAUUUUGAAGAGAUUUCAUUUCGAUACAUUGCUUUCAUUUGAUAAAUUACCACCACAAGCUAGCUUCAUGUUUGAGAAAAUUGAGCAAAUGACCUCAGACCAAGCGUUUGAAAUCUUGAAGGAAGGAGUUACUGAGCAUGAUGGUGAUAUCAACGUUCCUGAUGAAGACGAAACACUCUGGAAAGCAUUAGUUGCCCAUCCCAAUGCUACCAAUAUCAAAACAGAGAGUGUUGAAAGUUUGCCUUCCUCAAAGAGUAUUGAGGGCAACAUUUAUGAAGCCGAAUACCACCAGAUUAUUGAUUGGGAUUUGCAAGUCAGGUUAGAAGCUGCUAUGUUACACUACUGGUCACCAUAUCCUGAAGUUCGUUCUGUCUGUGAUCCUUUCGAUGACCCAACCAUUCCUGUUGAAACUGUUCGUGUUUAUAUCAUUGGUAUUCUUUGGACCGCUGUCGGUGCUGUUAUCAAUAUGUUCUUUAAUAAUAGACAACCUAGUAUUACUUUAAGUGUUGCUGUAGUUCAAAUCUUGCUUUAUCCAAGUGGGUUAUUAAUGGAGUACAUCUUACCUAAGUGGGACUUUAAAGUGUUUGGCCAAACAGUUAGUUUGAAUCCUGGGCCAUAUACAUUCAAAGAACAAAUGUUAGCUACAAUCUUCAUUGGUGUAUCUGGUGGUUCUGCAAGUUAUGCUACUUCAAAUAUUAUGGUACAAAAAAUGAAAAUGUUCUAUAAUAAUCAAUGGGUUGAUUUUGGAUAUCAAAUCUUGUUAGUUUUAGCUACAAACUUCCUUGGGUUUGGAUUGGCUGGUAUCAUGAGGAAAUUUGCUGUUUAUCCUGUGAAAGCACUUUGGCCAUCUAUCUUACCUAAUAUCGCUAUGAACAGAGCAUUGAUGAGUCCUGAAUUGAAGCAAAGCAUAAAUGGAUGGGUUGUGUCUAGAUAUAGGUUCUUUUUCAUUGUUUUUGCUGGCUCAUUUGCUUACUUCUGGGUAGUCAACUAUUUAUUCCAGGCAUUAUCGGUAUUCAAUUGGCUCACUUGGAUAAGCCCACAAAACUUAAAUUUGGCGGUUGUUACAGGAACGCUUGGGGGAUUAGGACUUAACCCAAUCCCAUCAUUUGACUGGAACGUUAUUAGUUAUCUGAGUCCAUUGGUGUUACCCUUUUACAAUCAAGCAGCUACCAUGGUUGGAAUGGGAAUUGGUUUUAUUUGUAUUCUUGGUGUCUGGUACUCAAACUACAAAUGGACUGGGUUUCUUCCAAUCAAUUCCAAUGGACUUUUUACCAACACGGGUGAACCAUAUAUGGUAACUUCUGUUGUGAAUGAAAACUCCCUUUUAGAUCAGAAAAAGUAUCAAUCCUACGGUCCGCCUUUUAGUUCCGCUGCGAAUUUAGUGGUUUACGGUGCUUUCUUUGCCAUUUACCCCUUCCAUAUUGUGUACGAAUGCACCAUGAAUCAUAAACAGAUGUGGGAUGCUAUGAAAUCCCUUGGUAAGACAAUCAGAAAUUUCAGAAGAUCGACAUUUGAAGGUCAUGAUGAUCCUCACACGCAGAUGAUGAAAGCUUAUCCAGAAGUUCCAGAAUGGGCAUUUCUCAUUGUCUUAUUAUUUUCAAUCCUAUUUGCCAUAUUGUGUGUUAAGCUUUAUCCUGCCGAAACUCCAGUUUGGGGAAUAUUCUUUGCGAUUGCAAUUAAUUUCAUCUUUUUGAUUCCAAUUACGACAGUGUAUGCUAGGUCUGGUUUUAGUUUUGGUUUGAACAUUGUUGUUGAGUUGAUGGUUGGUUAUAUGAUCCCAAAUAAUGGUUUAGCAUUGAAUUUCAUCAAGGCUUUAGGGUACAACAUUGACGCACAAGCUCAGAAUUUCGUCAAUGAUUUAAAGCAAGGGCAUUACGCAAAGAUCCCUCCAAGAUCAUUAUUCAGAUGUCAAUUACUUUCGGUUUUCAUUACUUCCUUCGUUCAAUUGGCUGUGUUGAAUUUCCAAAUUGAAAAUGUUGCUGAUUUCUGUGAGCCUACCAACGAACAAAAAUUCACUUGUCCUGGUACUAGAACUUUCUAUAGUGCUUCAAUUAUGUGGGGGGUUAUCGGCCCAAAGAAGAUGUUUACUGGGUUAUAUCCUAUCUUGCAAUGGUGUUUCUUGAUUGGAUUCCUUUUGGCCUUCCCAUGUAUUGCAUUCAAGAAAUACGGUCCUAGAAAACUUGCUAAGUCUUUUGAACCUUCCAUUAUCAUUGGCGGUAUGUUAAACUACUCUCCUUAUAACUUGUCUUAUUUUAUUGGAGGAUUUUAUGCAUCAUUUGCUUUUAUGCACUAUAUCAAGAAGAGAUAUGAAGCUUGGUGGCAGAAAUAUAACUAUAUCUUAACAUGCGCUUUGAGUGCCGGUGUCGCUUUUUCGUCAAUUAUUAUCUUCUUUGCUGUUUUUUAUAAGGAAAAGGAUCUCAAUUGGUGGGGAAAUACUGUUCCAUUUGUUGGUAUUGAUGCCCUGAUGACUGGUAGGUUGAAUGCUACAGAGCUGGCUCCAGAUGGUUAUUUUGGACCUAGAAUUGGUCAUUUCCCAUGA